CAUAUAAUUACUAUCAUACUACCAAACUCCCUCACAUAAUAGGGCGGUUUAUAUGACAGUUAUAACAGUUAACUUGAAGCAAAACCCUCAUCUUCGCCCUUUCUCCCAUCCCAACAACACAUUCCAUUUCUUGGAACUUUUCCCACAUUACACGAUUAAUCUGCAAUCCAAACUUUCAAGAUCAACAGUUGAUAAUCUUGGAAUAUCUGCAAAUGGGAAGGCCAUUCUUGACGGAAUUCGAUCAGCCAAGCCCUGAAUACCUGAUGUGCAAGUCUUGCAAAACCCCUAUUGCCUUACCAGAAGAAUUCCACUGCUUUUACCCAGGCCAGGCAGAGGGAGUUGAGGGCAUUGUCUUCCAAGACCGUAAGAUCAUCAACGUGCAAGUCGACAAAGCUGUUCAUCAUUGGCAGGUCGGUCCUCACACAGUUGCGGAUACCAACUGCGUAGGAUGUGGUGAUAAUUUGGGCUGGAAAUAUAUUGAAAUUGGCGGUGAGACUCUGGUUCUCGAAAAAGGAAUGGUGCACUUAAGGAGGGAAAAGGUGCAGAGGCGACAUGGCGAUCAGAUUAUAAAUGGAGAUGCAAGAGAAGUUGUACAAAUUCACACAUAAUUCAGGCUGCACAAAAAUUCUUGAUACACUUUUUACUUCAAUGAUAAACACUCAUUUCGCGGUUGUGUCGUUUCAUGACAAUACAAGUGCUGUAGGCAUAUAGAUCCUUCCUUCAUUAGAUCAGACUUCAUUAGUUGCUCAAUCACAUGCAAUUCUCUUGUUGUGCAAAUUCUGUCAGGCCUAUCUUGCUUUUCUGAUCGUGGCUAUGUAUCGUGUUUCACCCUGCUUUUUUUCUUUUUCAGGAUUUAAGAAUUUGAAACUGGAUUUA